AUGUCGAAAAUAGCUCAAACCAAUGUGUGGAAUCAUGUCUUACCGAACGAGGCGAUAACAGCGAUGUCAUAUGGUGGAACUAGUAUAGAGGAAAAUCUGCUACGUUGGAGUGAUGUGGUCGCGUCUUAUAACUCAGAUGCCUAUUUUACACAACAUCCUUUUCAUCUUUAUUUGCCAGGUAGGAAACCAUUCAUAAUAGCUUUCCAAGCACGAGAUCAAUGCAAAUGAGAUGGGUGUCAACUACAGGCCAGUUUCAUAGGAAGUACUUCACAUGUGCCGAAUUUAAUUGAAUUAUAAGUACGGCAUUACUGUGAAUUCGGUACGGCGCAGUUGAUUUAUACGGCGUAUUUUAUUUCGGUGAACUUAAUCUGUUUGGGGUGGUUGGGUUAAAACCGCAGUGUAUUAUGGAAAAACCAACCAUUUUAAUUAUGUUUAAUUAUGCAUUAGUUACGCAUUUAAUUCGGGACAUGUAAAGUACACUGUCUGAAUCACUUGCCGUGCUAAAGCCGCAUAAUGCGGCAAGACGUAUCGAACUUAAUUAUUUUGUUGUAUCAAAUUCUUGGAUUUGGCGUAUGUGAAGUACGGCGCAUGAAAUUAAUAAUGAAAGUCUUAUAUUACAUUUUCAUGCAUGUUUACACGACGUCAUACAAUACAAUUUCGUCGGACAAAUUUUGAAAAUAUUUGAGUGUCUCGGAUUGAAAAGUAAAAGUUGUAGGAAGAAUUUUGAUAAAUUUACAAAGAAAUUAAUAUUUUAUUUGCAGACGGUGUUGUUCAAAAGAGGCGAGAUGAAUUUUGCCGCAAAAAUGCCCCCAUCUGUCCAUCGGGAAAUACGCAUUACGCUCGUAUUGGGCCCCGCCAUACAAACGAUCCUCCUGGCAUUCAAUGGCGAUGUUACUGCCCUGUUAAUGUUGGAGAAGAUAAAAACGUUCAGGUGGUUAAUGAUAAAUAUCACACAUAUGAACAGUUGAUGUACAUUUUUUAA